UGUCAAUCUUAAUAAAGAAGAUUCUAUAAUAAAAAUUGAAGAAACUAGUUCAGAAAGUUCUAAUGCCAAUAAACCUUCAUCAGAAGUUUGGCAAUAUAUAAACAAGGAUCCUAAAAAUCAAUUUUGCAAAUAUUCAGAAUGUAAUGUUGUAUUUUCAGCAAAAACAAGUACAGCAUCUAUAUAA